UUACGCGCUGUGAGCGUGCUUACAUGUCAUUUUCAUCGUUCGACUUGGCGCUGUGAGUGUCACAUAAGUACGCUCAUGGCUGAGUUCGUAGCACAGACUUCGCGCUCAUUUAUGCUCACGCCACAGAGGUAGGGCAGCGAAAGCGUGAGCGCCAAUUUUUAUUAUCUGUCAAAACGAAUGCAACUUGAGCAUAAGCUAACCAAAAAAUUUCAUUUAUUUCUAAAUUGUUAAAUUCUUUACAAUCCCGCAAAAAUGGCAAGCAGUCAACCAAAAUUAAUUUCUGUUGAGCUAACUGAUCCAGAAAGUAAUAAAAUUUACAAUUAAAUUAAAAUUUAAAAAAUAAAAAUUUAAAUUAUUUGAUAAACAGUUGCCAUGUUGAUGAUUAUUGACGCUCACAAUAUCCAAAACGAACGAAAUUUAUUUAUUGAUUCUAAGCGCCUAUAGGCCAUCUCGAACACUAAAAAUUUGUGCUUAUAAGCGUGAGCGCUCACAGCGCGUAAGCGUCCAACGCGAAUGCACCCUAAGUAAACUAAGUAAACACUUGCUGUACGCUUUUUCAAAGUUAACAUCUCUUAAUUAGCUAGAAUGUCAAACCAAAUUUUUUAUAUACGUGAUAACGUAUCGGGCUUAACUUGAGUUGCUAAAAUAUCUCACUUGGAUCUUAUUUGCGAUGAAGUCUGACAAAUGUAGCUACGAGGUAAUAAUAGUAUGUUACGUUUCCAUUCAGCGCUAUAACUGUCAAAGCAACGGCGCGCUUUUCAUAACCUUAAAUUACAAACACAUGUGAUGCCUUGAGUUGAAUUUGAUUCUUUAAAUGCGUACAUAGUUAAAUAGAGCGGUUUAAUUAUGGACGACAAAUCGUUAGUUGACUCAGCGACGUUCUCCUUUUUCGCGAUGGGAGCGUUCGUUGGAUUCUCCUUGGGUUACUGCUACUGGAAGUCUCAACCAGUUGAAAAUCAACAACAAUCUGAUGAACAACCUAUAACAGAACCCAAGUCUGGCGGUAAAGUGUACCGCAUGAUAAUUGGUGUGAGGAAUGACUUAAAAAUGGGAAAAGGAAAGGUGGCUGCUCAGGUAGCACAUGCAGCAGUUGCAGCUUACAUUAAAGCAAGUGAGAAGGCACCAAAGGCAUUAAGUAAAUGGUCUAAAUAUGGACAAGCCAAAAUUACUGUGAGACUAGAUAGUGAAGCAGAGAUGAUGGAAUUGGCCAAUGAUGCGAAAGAAGCCGGUAUUCUUGUUUCGAUUAUUCGAGACGCGGGCCACACUCAAGUGGAGCCCGAUACGCGAACAGUGGUCGCAUUCGGACCUGCACCAAAAGACGAACUCGACAGGGUGACCGGACAUCUGAAACUUUACUAGAAACAAGAUAAAUUAUUUCAUUUUCAUGUAUAUAAAAAAAUUUGGUUUGACAUUCUAGUUUAAUUAAAAGUUAACGUGUAA